CAGGAAGAUCUGGCGCUUGCGCGAUGACCACACGGUUGAGGAAGAACCGCAAGAAGCGGGGACACGUGUCUGCUGGCCAUGGGCGUAUUGGGAAGCACCGGAAGCACCCAGCAGGCCGCGGCAAGGCGGGAGGGGCACACCACCACCGAAUCAACUACGACAAGUACGCAAGGGAGAUCUCCUCACCUCUAGAGUCGCAGAUCUCCCUCACGAGCCGUCCUCUGUGUGCUUGUUCAGGUACCACCCCGGUUACUUUGGGAAGGUGGGUAUGCGGCACUUCCACCUGCUCAAGAACCAGACGCACUGCCCCGUCAUCAAUCUCGACAAGCUCUGGUCCUUGGUGAGCGAGCAGACCAGACUCUACUACAAGGACAACACCGAGAAGGCGCCGGUCAUCGACGUCACCAAGGCGGGAUAUUUCAAGGUCCUCGGCAAGGGAGAGCUCCCCGAGCAGCCCGUCAUCGUCAAGGCGCGAUACUUCACACGCCUGGCCGAGAAGAAGAUCAAGGAUGCGGGCGGCGUCUGUGUCCUCACAGCGUAGAUACGAGCAUCGUGGUCGAGAGCUGUUUUGUGACUUGACGAACCGAUGGACAGAUCUGUGUGGUGACGUGUGG